CCUGCGAGAGGCCGUGCCGGGCCGCUCCGCAGCGGCCGGGACAGUCAGGAGUCCGCGCCCGGAGCCGCCGGCCGCGCGGCGGGACUAGGCGGAGGAUGGAGCCGGAGCCCGAGUUGCUGCUGCAGGAGGCCCGCGAGAACGUGGAGGCGGCGCAGAGCUACCGGCGCGAGCUGGGCCAGAGGCUGCAGGGGCUGCGGGAGGCGCGGAGGCAGAUUAAAGAAAGUGCAUCACAGACAAGGGAUGUCCUCAAACAGCAUUUUAAUGAUUUAAAAGGAACCCUUGAGAAGCUCCUGGAUGAGCGAUUGGUGACCCUUUUGCAAGAGGUGGACACCAUUGAACAGGAGACCAUUAAGCCAUUAGAUGACUGUCAGAAGCUCAUAGAGCAUGGAGUUAAUACUGCAGAGGACUUAGUCCGAGAAGGUGAGAUCGCCAUUCUUGGUGGUGUAGGAGAACAAAAUGAGAAGCUGUGGAGCUUUACCAAAAAGGCCUCCCACAUUCAGUUGGACAGCUUGCCAGAAGUGCCUUUACUGGUUGAUGUACCUUGUUUAUCUGCUCAGUUGGAUGACUCAAUUCUUAACAUAGUGAAAGACCACAUUUUCAACCAUGGAACAGUAGCAUCUCGCCCGCCAGUGCAGAUUGAAGAACUGAUCGAGAAACCUGGAGGCAUCAUAGUACGAUGGUGUAAGGUUGAUGACGACUUUACAGCCCAAGAUUACAGACUCCAGUUCCGUAAAUGCACUUCAAAUCACUUUGAGGAUGUAUAUGUAGGCUCUGAAACUGAAUUCAUAGUAUUGCAUAUAGACCCCAAUGUUGAUUAUCAGUUCAGAGUCUGCGCCCGAGGAGAUGGCCGGCAGGAGUGGAGUCCUUGGAGCAUCCCCCAGAUAGGCCAUUCCACAUUGGUGCCUCAUGAGUGGACAGCUGGCUUUGAGGGGUACAGUCUGAGCAGUCGAAGAAAUAUAGCACUCCGGAAUGAUUCUGAAUCAUUGGGUGUUCUCUACUCCAGCGCUCCAACUUAUUUCUGCGGGCAGACACUAACAUUCAGAGUUGAAACUGUGGGACAACCAGACAGAAGAGACAGUAUAGGAGUGUGUGCAGAAAAACAGAAUGGAUAUGACUCUCUGCAGCGGGAUCAAGCAGUGUGCAUUAGUACAAAUGGUGCAGUUUUUGUAAAUGGAAAAGAAAUGACUAAUCAGUUACCCGCAGUUACUUCUGGGUCCACUGUCACAUUUGACAUUGAAGCUGUGACUCUAGGAACCACCAAUAAUAACGAAGGCGGAAACUUCAAGCUUCGAGUAACUAUUAGCUCUAACAAUAGAGAAGUAGUUUUUGAUUGGUUGCUUGAUCAGUCGUGUGGUUCUCUUUACUUUGGAUGCUCAUUUUUCUAUCCUGGCUGGAAAGUGUUAGUGUUUUAGAUUUUUGGAUGAUUGGCUUUGGUUUGCAGGAUUUUUAAUGUCGCUGUUCUCAGCCCAGUUAAGUUGUAAUUGACAAAAAUAGUUGAAUUCAUCUCUCAGGCAGUUGGAAAUGGAAAGUGUUUACUGGAUUCAUUUUGGAAUAUUUUAGAAAUAAGUACUUGAAUUUUGUGGACAAAACCAUAAUGCAGUCAGUUUUAUUUUUAGCGUAGUGUUAAUUGAAAUACCACAUCACAAUAAAAAAUCAAACUGGCCUUAAAAAUAUGGAUGGCUAUAGAAAGGUCUGUAUGCUUUCGCUGUCUUUUUUUUUUUUUUUUUUUAAGUUGGUUACUAGAACAGAAAAGCUUACUGUAACAUUUUAUUAAAUCUCCACCUUUAAAAGAUGUGAAGGCUAUGUAAAACUAGAAUUAAACAAUAGGAGUAGACUAGUUAGAAGACAGAGCUCUUGUAAUAUGUGUUGACUCAUGUGCUGUCUUGAUGAAUGUCUUGAAUAUACUGUCCAUAUUCACAUACUUUGUAAACAGUGUUGACUUUUAUCUCAUGUUCACUCAUCUUUUUAAGACCCAAAAGCAUUAUAAUUUUUUAUUUUUUAAAAUGCAGAUGUCUACUAUUGUCAAAGUCUUUUCUCUUGCUUUUUCUUUGCAGUUCAAUUCAAGGUAGGUUAGAGGAUUUUUACAGGGUAAUACUACUUUUGGAAGUAGUUUGCACAGCAGUGUUAACAAUUUCUCGUGUAUGUAACAUGCACAUGUGCUUAUCCAGCCUCAGUGAUGUGCGUGUACUAUUUGUCGCAUAUCAUCUAUAGUUCAGUUUAAUAUCAGUUUAAUAAAUGGUCUUUUAGUGGACCAAACAAACAUAGGGUAAAUACUUGACCUAUUUUUUUGAAAACUUAAAUUUGUGUAAAAUAUUUAUAUGAAGGACUUACUUAGGUUGUAAAAAUGAUGCUCAUAACUUGCUGUACCAGCCUACAGAUUUUUUUUUAAUGUGAAUUUUUUUUUUUUUUUUUUUUUUUA